AUGCAGCAUCCGACCUUGAGCUUGGAGUGGUAUGUCACCAGCUUGGAGCACUUUGCUCAACUCAAUGCCUGUCUAUCCUCCCCCAAAAAAGCUAUAUUUUCAGUGCUCUGCAACUCGGUACUGGGCAGGCAGUCGCGAAUCUUCAAUUCGUCGUCCAUGUUUUGCUUUUUAGUCAAUUUAUUUAUUGCUAUUCUUAUGGAUAUCUUUCGAGAGCUUGAGAAACUGGGGGCUCAAGCGGUUCGGUCUGAAGGAAAGGAAAGGUUCAAGGUGAACGGAGAGACUCCAUAUAUAUUAUCGAGGGAUUUGACGUCGGUGGAGGAGAUGUUGAGAGAAGAUUUCUGGAACAAGCACUUCUGGACGCCCGCACAGCGGGGGGAUAUGCUCCACGCCCUCGAGGCGUCCCAGGGCAUCUGGAAGGAGUCCGCCGAGUCAUCCAUGGAGGCGUACAAAGCAUGCAGCAUCCUCGGCAUCAGGAAGCUGACGAGCGAGGAGGAGGAGAGGCCAACAACAACAACCAUUCCUGACGCCGAACUCUUCUGCCGCCAUCUUCAACGCUAUGGCGCCAUCUCCCAGCGGAACGCGCGCUACGCCAGUAUGGAUACCAACAUGGGGGGAUCGUUAAAUAGAACGGGACUCACGCCGAACUACGGCAUGGAGGCUUCUAGCCCCAUCGGCUCGCCGUUCUCGGUAUUUGGCAACUCGGGAUCGGGGAUGGGCAUGUUGGACGUGCCGGGAAAUCUCAACUGGGACGCCUGGGACUCGUACAUCCCGAACGGCAACCCGGUCGACCUGGCCUUCCAGUCCUACCCAGCCGCGAACAUCGAGCCGUCGUCGCUCGAUCCGGGCACGCAGGGCGGCGAUCCUUCCUCUUCUGCGUUUGGCAACGGCGUUUUCAUGGGCGCCAAUACGCCGGGCGGGGGUGACGGGACUAAAGCAAGAAGUCUGGGGAAUUGGAGAGAGAAUCGGAGAAUCGGAGAGUACAGAUGCCACGACGCUAUGCUCACAAACUAG